UGUCAGCUUUGUCUUCAGGACUUCGUGUGAAAGGAAAUCUUUAGUGACAAUGCAGUCUGAACUGGAGAAGGCCUUGAGCAACAUCAUCGAUGUUUACCACAAUUAUUCCACUAUAAAAGGGAAUCACCAUGCUGUCUACAGAGAUGACUUCAAGAAAAUGGUCACCACUGAGUGUCCUCAGUAUGUGAAGAAUAAAAAUAUCGAAAACUUGUUCAAAGAGUUUGAUGUCAAUAGUGACAAUGCAGUUAACUUCGAGGAGUUCCUUGUGAUGACAAUAAGAGUGGGCGUGGCAGCUCACAAAGACAGCCACAAGGAGUAGCAGAGCUUCUGGCCUGGGGUUGGGCCCCUGGACAUGUCUACAGAAUAAAGUUGUCUUAUCUCAGGUC